GUUAUUCCAGUCAUUUUGGAUAUCUUAGAUGCAUAUGACACCUGAUUAAUAUGAUGCUUGUAAGUAAGAUCAUCAUCAGUAAUAUUAAUCAUACUAGUUUUCAGUGUAUGUUAUGCUUCAAUUUCCAUCAAUUUUAUUGUUCUUUUAUUCAAUGACUUUUUCUUCUUUGUUUUGAAAACCAUUAGGUGAGUUUUAUUUACAUUUAUGAAGAGCUUAUUUGUGGAAAACCAUAUUGUAGUGUUAUUUGAUUCUUGAUUCAUGUUAUUAUGAAUUUAGUACCAUAAAUUUUCAUCACUGAAAAAUUUGUAUCGUCCGCAAAAAGAAUGAAUUUUGAAAACUGGAGGUCUGACAAAUGUCAAUGUAAUAUAGAUAAGAAAAUAAAAUUCUGAUGUCCUCUAAAUGUGAGAUAUACUCAGUACGCUAUAUUCUAAGGGGAAUCAUUUUACUGUUUGUUUUCUCUUGACAUCUUCGUCCGGUGUUAUGACUGUAACCGGUUACCAUAUUUAUAUUUACUGUUAGUAGUAGUCUUUAAGCAAACCAGCCGGAGGAAAGUCAGCGUUUAACGGUUACCUCAAAGCAUAACUUCAGUUUGCCAGCGAAUUCCGAGUAUUACUAUCUGUACUGUUACCUUUCAUAACGAUCACAUGAUGAUGAAGUUGAUGAUAAUAUGAUGAUCAUGCUGCUGAUGAUGAUGGUGAUGGCGAUGGUAGUCAUCAUUUUUGUAUGUUUUCGUAGCAGGAUAAACCCUGGGACACAGCUUCAGCUUAUCUCAGUACGAACAAUUAAAUGGAAGACUUGGAUACAGUCCUCUUAAAGGUCUUGGUUACUGUUGGGUUCCUUUUCUUGAUUUGGGUAAGUCGAUUUUUACCUCAUAUGUCAGCAAUGAAAAGUAAACUGAUUUCAUCCCAGGACCAGUCUCUCUUAAGCCCAGUUCAGACGCCGAACUUUUCAUGAGCCGAAGCUAAUUCGAAUUAAGGCCGACUAAAACUACUAAGACCGGCUGAAUUGAUUCAGACGUCAAUCUUAAUUCCGGCCGAACUAAAUUCAAAAGGAGAAACAUGCUCAUUUUGGUCAAACCUGCUUGCAAAUACGUUGUUAUAAUUUAUGCAUUAGGUUCGGUACAUGAAAAGUUCGACGUUUGGAUCAAAGCCGUUCCAAACUCGUUCCACAGUCGAAAUUCCCCGCCGGGCUAAGCGUGAAGAACGGCUGAGCCGUUCCAAAUUGAAAUAGGCGUUCCUAAUUGAUUCAUACACUCAGGGGCACCCAACGAGGAUAUAGCUCAAAACCACUUAACAUAGCAUUGUUGAACGUAUUUUAGUAUUCAAACGGUAGAUAUAGGCAUAUUUUUAUCCCCUAAAAACUUUCCAUCUGUCCGGAUUUCCUAGCUGAAAGUCUAGUGAUCCGAAAAUUAUAGGGAUCAAAACUUACCUUCUCGAAAAUUUCAGCCAGGAAAAGGCUCCCGAAAAUUCUAGGUGGCCUUUUUUAAGGUCAAAAUCCGUUAAAAAUGGGUAAUUAUACCAUUUUGUAGAUGUUCGAAAAUCCUAGGAGAGGCAGGCAAGCAAGAAAUUUUUCAACAAAUGCUCCGAAAAUUCUAGAUCUCAAAUCGUCUUCCGAACAGAUAUUUUCCCGAAAAUUGCCGUUUGGUGCCCCUGUACACUGAACUUUUCAUGUACUUAAUUCAAUGUAUGAGGCUCGGUUCACGAAAAGAACGGCGUCUGAACCGGGCCUUAUUCUCGUUGGACAAUCUCAGUUUGUCGUGAGUAGGACAAGUAGGUCAAAUAAGUACCUACAAAAUGGACUGCGUAGCGAAAUCGUUUCCAGGAUUUAUAUACAGAGCAAUUACUAUUUUUAAUCAAGGACUAACAGCUGCGGUAAAAAUUAUACUCUUCAGCAAAUAAACAUAAUUUUUGCUUUCAUUAUCAAUAAUUAGCGGGACAGUAAAGAUAGCUAUGUACAAAGAACAUUCUUACUUACAGUGUCUUACGAUUUAUGAGGCAACCUCACUAUAAGAGUUGUGAAAUUGUCUAAUUAUGUCCCAACCAUGAGGGUAAACUAUAAUUAAAACCCACAAACGUUUAAGUUUUUAGGUUUUAAUUAUAGUUUACCCUCAUGGUUGGGACAUAAUUAGACAAUUUAAAACAUAUUGAACACAAGAUUAACCAAAGCUGUUAAGUUGUCUACCAAGAAUAAAUUUCACCCAUUGACGAUUUAUCCUUGAUCCUGUCACAGUGACUUAGUAAACAACAAAAUGUACCAAAUCAUGAUCAGCCAUGAGGUUGAUUAACCUUGUCAGAAAUCUGUUUUCAUAAUAAUACCCGGUUUAAGAAAAGACGGACAGCGAAGAAGCAUGUGCUAACAAUAUAUUAUGCAUCUUUUCCAUAUAUACAGACGAAGUUCCUAUGGGAAAAUCUGGAACAAGACAGCGAAGUGUUCUAUCCAGAUGGACUUGAGAAGUGUCCCCCAGAUACCUACACUAUUGAUGACAACAGGAAUAGAGUCAGGUGCACGGCAUGUCCGACAUGUCCUUCGGGAAUGGAGCCUUCACCAACAUGUGGUUCCACACUGGUUCGCACAGCAACUGGCGAUUGCGUACCAUGCAAGGCAGGUACCUACUCAGAGGAAGCCGAUAGCGCCACGUGUAAAGCCUGCACUCACUGUGGCUCAAAAGAGGUCCUGAGUUCGUGUAAUACAGAAACCAACGCAAAGUGCCGGGAGUGUCCCCCCAUGCAAUAUGAGGAUGAGACGACCAACACUUGUAAACCUUGCUCUUUUUGCUGCGAAGAAAAUUCUGUUGCACAAAAGGAUUGUUUUAACUCAAGGACAUGCCCUGGAAAUUGUUCUCAGUCGACACCAAUAAAAUACCACAGUUCAAUGUUUAAUAAAUUAGUCGCCAGAAAAUUGAGAAGCCCUUUCAGUAAAAGGCCAAAACUUACCAGGCGACAAAGAGUCAGUCAAGAUGCGAAUAAGCGACCUGAAGAACCAACGUAUUCAGAGAGACCUAGAAGGGACAUUUAUCAAGAGAAUUACAUGGGCACUACUUCCAGUGAAACAAAGUAUGCCUUGUCUGGUUCAGUUCUAGAUAAGGAUGUCGAUGAGAAAGAACUCGCGGGUUUUCAGCCUCUACAAAGUCCUACAAACGUUCCUGAAGGUGGACAAGAAAAAAUUGACAUCCCGAGUUCAAAAAUUCUAGGUGCUAGCGGGUUUGUAAAGAAUGAGCAAGGAGAACAAAUUGUGUCAACAUUCGAGGCUCAAGUACCUCCUCCUACGGCAUCUGACAGUAAUAUCGAAACUUUUAAGAAAGAUACUUCUUCAAAAAGCAAACGCCGUGUCCCCGCAAUUCUUCCACCAAGUGUUACUCCACUGACAGUGCAAGAUUCUAGGAUGAUGCCUCCACCGACUUCGACCAAAAUAGCUCCAACGUUAACAACAGCAAUACAGCAGUCUUCUGUUCCAAGCACUACUUCUUUUCUCAACAGUUUCUUGGGAACAAGUGCUGCCUUGUGUGUAUUUGGUUUAAUAGGUCUCAUCAUAUACCUCAUUGGAAAAGGCUGUGUUAAACAAAAAGGGUACAGGAAGAUGAGUGAAAAAGAAGAACCUACUGGACAAAAAAUUGGAGGUAUUUCUUGAUUGAUACAAACUCUCCAGGGGCGGAUCCAGGAUUUUUCUUAGGAGGGGGUGCACCACUAACUGACUGAUGACGUAAGAAAUUUUAAAAGCGAAUACGAAGAAGAGGGCUUUUGACUAGGAACUAACAUAAUGUGAACUGCUAAGAAUACAUAUCAAACGAUAGAGCAGAUUUUGUAUGACUGUGAAGCGACUGCACAGUGUUAAUUAGAAAGCGGCCGCAGGUCAUCCCGGGGGGGGAGUGCGCACCCCCUGCACCCUCCCCCUAGAUCCGCCCCUGCUCUCAGUUGUUACGUUUUAUAAGCAAUUGUCAAUUUCAUUCAACAAUUAUCAUAAAACCCCUGUCAACCGGUUCAUCCAUUCAGUUCAGCGAAACAUACACGGCAUUAGCGUUCCAUACUAGAUUUAAUAUUUAUAAUUUGAGAAAGGUUAGGAAGAAAUUCAAAUACUUAUAUUCUUUCACCCAAAGUACGUAUACAUCGUGCAUUUUCAUUAGAAUUCUAUUUGCAGGUUUGUGGAAAACGGCAGGGAACGCUCUGCAUUUAAGUUGAGCAUCCUAGUGGAAACCCAGUACUGAUUACUAACCCACUCCUUACACAUGCAUGGUUCGUACAAUCUUGAAAAGGUCUUGAAAUUUAGUUAGUCGUCUUGAAAAGUCCUUGAAUUAAGUCAAGUUCCUUGAAAAAUACUUGAUUUCUUUAUUAGGUCUUGAAAAGGCCUUGAAAUUCACUACCUCGUCUACGCCAGCCACCAUUUUCUGUAAAAUAAGAUUGUUUUGCCAAGGAAAAUUUGGCUCAUUCUCGGUUGUAGGAACGUGUAAAACUCAUGGCAGGGCAUCUGACAGGAUGCGGAAAAAAAAUCGAAAAUUAUGCGUUAAUUUAAGGCCAUAUUAUGCAGAAAGAAGCGCUGAUUAUGCGGAAAAACCUCUGAAUUAUGCGGAAGUUUAAACAAUAAUUCUUUAUUAUAAAAGUGGUUAUUGGGCCACUUAAGUGUUAAAGGUAUUUUAUGUAAUUACGUGGCUUUUAAAGAACACUAGAAUGUCGUAGCAAAGAAAACAAGAAAAAGCGUUCUAGUUUUCCCGUGAACUUCAGUCAACAAAGCCGGUUUCUUAACAAUUAUUGCCAUUGGCUAAAAUGCUUAUGAUUCUAUCCAAUGGCAAUCUGAGUAAGAACAGAACUAGUUCCCAGGGUCGUCGCGAAAAACGUUCUCAAACGUUUCUUACUACGAGCGAAAUUGGCGUGUUUUCAUUGAUGUUUCACUCAGAAAAAGCAGCUUCAAAAAACAAACUUCUUGGACUUUUAUCUCUUGAGCGAAAGUAAUGUCCUCAUUUAUCGCUUAUAAUGGGCAAUUUUUUCAAUUUCAUUUGGAAGAUGCGGAUUUUAGUGAAUUAUGCGGAUCCGCACCACCGCAUCCUGUGCAUGAACAAUGUUUUAUUUCUGAUUCUUUAUUCCAAAUGCUGUUCUGUACCUCAGAUGCAACUGCAAGUCAUACCUAGUCAUUUUGGAAAGUGUUGUUGCGGAAAGUAGGAUAAAAUAAUGUGAUCAACAAUGGCCACAGAAGUAAAAAUCGUAAAUGACUCUGUGACAUGUUUUAGCCAAUAAGUGAUCAAAAAGGGGGUUAAAGAAUGCCGAUUAUUUACAUAAAUCUUAGGCCUUGAAAACUGUAAUUGUCCUUGAAAAAUCCUUGAAAAGUCCUUGAAAUUGUUUGUCUGAAGUAAGUUGUACGAACCAUGUUACAUUUAUCACAAAUGACAGAUGAUCAGUUCGAUGAGGAAUCUAACCAAGACGAGAGGUUAAGCUUAACAGAAGAAACCACUUUUGAGCAGGCGGAUGAAAAUGGCCAGAUUGAGGAUGGUGAGAUUCAAAGCCUUAUAAAAGUCUAAAUCCAAAUACUUUCUAGCUACAUUUUCAGUAUUUUCUUACUUGUCAAACAAAAAAGUGUCACGUUCUAAUUCGUUCGUUCACGGCUCAAUUUCAAAGGAAAAUAGAGCGUUUUCACAUGACGUCACGGCGGCCAUAUUGGUGUUCCAAAACAAUAGCCUGCGUAGCAGGCGUCGAAAGGGGUCCCUCCCCCUCUCCCUCCCCUUUUUGCGCCUGCGACGCAGGCUACAAAACAAUGAAAUGGCGGCCACGUUGAUGUACCAAACCAAUCCUGUGAGAGUUGAACUCCCUUUUUAUGCAAAGAUUUCUUUUGUUUCAAUAAGUUUGCAUAGAUGCUGGCCACAUGAGUGAAAACGCUCUAUAAUAGUCAGUGAAGCUUAGUGUCCUCUAAAAUUAACCAACUCAUAUAUCGGUUAACGAUGUUAAAUUGCCUGUCAGCAUUUCGGCUCUAACGACUAGAAUAAAAGGCCUUGACAUAAACGAAAUAUGUUUCUUCCUAGACCUCAACUUAGGUGAAAUUCCCCCAGACCUAGAAGAUAUUUUAGUGAAGAGGCUGGAUGUACCACACGGCAGAUCUGACAACAAUGAGUAUGGCUGGGUAAAAGUGGGAAACGCGGCAGGAAUCUCAGGACAUGAGCUUAAGUUCUACAAGACUGAGUAUCAGAGGCCAAACGGAAGUCCGACAAAGCUGUUGCUUGAAAAGUUAGGAAGCCAAGGAAAGACAAUUUCAUAUCUAAUAGAUGUGCUCCAGAAACCUGUAGUACAGCUUGAUAGUGUGGCUGCAUCAAUUAUAAGACAUCGUGUAACAAGAGUGUGAAAUGGGAUUCGAGUAUUUUGUGAAUAAUAAUGACUGUUUGUAUAAAAGAUUUUAUUGUUCAUUUACAGUCUCAGGACCUUUUUGGUAUAUUUACAGCUAUUUCGAGAAAGGUUGUCGGAAAAAGUGGUUUUGAGUUCGCUGUUCUUCAAAGAAAUUUAAAAGAAUGGCACGAGAGGCCAUGGACGUAUGCAAUGGCUCUUGACGUAUGUUUGCGUGUGCUAAAGGAAAGCAACAAAAGAAGUCUUGACAGCUACAGUGUCUUGAACAGUGUAUUAAUCAUAUCCCAUGUUACCUUUUGGGAUCGUCCCGUGCACAUCUUUGCCGACAACCUUUCUCGAAAUAGCUGUAUAUAUAAUUUUACAUGCAUCGUUAACUUUGCUUGAUUUGUAUUUUUGAAAAUCAUUGAACACAGGACGAAAUAACGUGUUUCCGUAUUUUGUAACGUAUUUUGUAAACGGAAACGGGAAGUUGCUUAUAUCCGUCACGUUUCCGCCCUGCGGAAACAUGGUGAUCUAGUUUUCCAUGGACGGGACGCGUUCCCGCCAAGUUUCCGCGUCGGAAACGAACGAUCAUGUUUCCGCCACAUUUCUGUCAUCACAUUUCCGUUCUUUCUUGUUUCCGUUACGUUUCAGGU